UCCGCCGGGCUGAGGAGCGGACGCGGGGAGGCGGCUCGGGAUCGCGACACAAUGAGGCGAGUGGUACGACAGAGCAAAUUUCGGCACGUGUUUGGCCAAGCGGUGAAAAACGAUCAGUGUUACGACGACAUCCGCGUUUCCCGUGUUACUUGGGAUAGCUCCUUUUGCGCAGUAAACCCCCGAUUUGUUGCAAUAAUUGUAGAUGCUAGCGGUGGCGGAGCGUUCCUGGUGCUGCCUUUGCACAAGACAGGCAGAAUUGACAAGUCCUACCCAACAGUGUGCGGCCACACAGGACCGGUGCUGGACAUAGACUGGUGUCCUCAUAAUGACCAGGUCAUCGCCAGUGGCUCUGAGGACUGCACCGUCAUGGUGUGGCAGAUUCCCGAGAAUGGACUCACCCUGUCCCUGACAGAGCCAGUGGUAGUGCUAGAAGGCCAUUCCAAGAGAGUCGGCAUUGUGGCUUGGCAUCCGACGGCACGCAACGUGCUGCUCAGUGCAGGUUGUGAUAAUGCAAUCAUCAUCUGGAACGUGGGAACAGGUGAAGCCCUUAUAAACUUGGAUGACAUGCACGUGGAUGUGAUUUACAAUGUGAGCUGGAAUCGCAAUGGCAGCCUAAUCUGUACAGCUUCCAAAGACAAAAAAGUUCGAGUUAUUGACCCCAGGAAACAAGAAAUUGUUGCUGAGAAAGAGAAAACCCAUGAGGGAGCCCGGCCCAUGCGAGCCAUUUUCCUUGCUGAUGGAAACAUCUUCACAACUGGCUUCAGCCGCAUGAGCGAACGGCAGCUUGCCCUUUGGAAUCCAAAAAACAUGGAGGAGCCAAUAGCCCUUCAUGAGAUGGACACCAGCAAUGGGGUCCUGCUGCCGUUCUACGAUCCAGAUACCAACAUUAUUUACCUGUGUGGCAAGGGUGACAGCAGCAUUCGUUACUUUGAGAUCACGGACGAAUCCCCCUAUGUUCACUACCUCAACACCUUCAGCAGCAAAGAGCCGCAGAGGGGCAUGGGGUUCAUGCCAAAGAGGGGCCUUGAUGUGAACAAGUGUGAGAUUGCCAGGUUUUUCAAGCUCCACGAGAGGAAAUGCGAGCCCAUCAUCAUGACAGUUCCUCGAAAGUCGGACCUCUUCCAGGAUGACCUGUACCCUGAUACAGCUGGCCCAGAAGCAGCUCUGGAAGCAGAGGAGUGGUUUGAGGGGAAGAAUGCCGAUCCCCUUCUCAUCUCCUUGAAGCAUGGGUACAUUCCAGGCAAGAACAGGGAUCUCAAGGUGGUUAAGAAGAACAUACUAGACAACAAGCCUGCCGCAAACAAGAAAAGUGAUCUCAUAAAUGCUCCAAAGAAAGCAGCUGAUGCCUCAAACACCCAAAACGAAGCCAAAUUGGAUGAGAUUUUGAAAGAGCUGAAAUCUAUAAAAGACACGAUCACCAACCAAGACGAGCGCAUUUCCAAGCUGGAGCAGCAGAUGGCAAAGAUCGCGGACUGAGCGGGGCGAGCGGCUGGCCCCGCCAGCCCAGGCACAUUCCAGUUCCCUGUUCGGCAAGCAGCAGCGUGCAGCAUUCCAGUACGAGCUUUCCUGUUCUCCUAAAUUCACGUCAACGAGAGCCGAUGAUUAAAAGCCAAGCUUUUUAGUGAAAGAUUUUUUUUUUCCUGAUGUUUUAAUGAAUUUAUGUGACUGUGUCAAACAAGUCAAAAAGAAUAAGUGCUACUUUUACAGUCUUUUUUUUUUUCCAGAUGUUAUGAAUUCUUGAAAACAAAUCCAUUCUGACUUUCAAUGUUGUGCCCAAAUAUCUUUUUCUAGAUUUAGGGACCAAUGCCACAUUGUUCUUAACCAUUUUUUAAAGUUGCCAAAAAAAAAAAAAAAGUUGCUUUUUAUUUUUCUUAUUUGCCACUUUGCAGUAUUUGUGUUUUAAAUUUAAAGGGACAGCACUGCGUGUGUGUGCGUGUGUGGGUGUGCGUGUGGUGGGUGUUUAUACUGCUCAGAGAACAAAGCUGAAGCUAUUUUGUAUAAAUCUUCAAUUUCGAACAAUCAGAUCGGUUUCCUUUGCAGUGUGGCCAAGGCCGCUGCUGAGACCCCUCAGAGAUCGUACGAGCUGCCUUUCCUGCCUCCCUAACGUGUCCCCAUCACCAUUGUCUGACAGUUUAAAGAAAAAAAAUCCAGUUCUGAAUGAGGUGAUUCAUCUCACAAAAUGCCUCUUCUCCUUUUACACCCUGCAGAAUUUUUAAACUAGCAUCAUGUUGCCCUUUAAAAUAGUCCCAUGUUUCGGAUUCCUCUAGCCAUGUCCAAACAGGCAUGUUUUAUUUGCUGGGUUUUUUCUUAUUUUGAGGCAGAAGUUACUCUCAUGCAGGAAUUGUUUUUACGUUUAUCCAUGGAGUACAGAGUUUAAGGUGUGCCACGGGAGAUGCGAGCCAUGGGACAUUGGCGGUCACCAGUUCUCCGUGGUGUCCGUUUCAGCUGUAUGCAUUGCUGUAAAUAGUUGUUUCCGCACCGUCACGCUCUUCGGCUCAUUGACUUUAAGACGCUUUUAAAAAUCUGCGAGCUUGCAAUUCUCUGGCCCCUCACAUUAGUGCUGAUGUUAGAAAUUUAGACUCUGCUUCCAAAGCAGCGUUAGCAGUAGCUAGGUGACUACCAUGACGGGUCUGCAGGAACAAAAUGCCUCCAUUACUUUUUACAAUUUUUUUUCCUCUCUCCAUUGUUCCUGCCUCCCCACCCCACCGUGCCGCAAAACUUUGCAGGAAAUGACUUGUUCCUAGGUCAGACGAGUGCCCUCCAUCCCCAGACCCCUGGCACUCCCAGGCCUUCGGAGUGGCAGGGAGUUGGGGAGGGUGGUUUUGAUCCCAGUUUGGAGAACUGGUUUCUCACACGAUCCUUUGAGGUCCUUGGGGGGAGAGACCCUGUGAGCACCCCGGGCUCGUGAGCUCCUCGUGGGAUUUCUUGGAUGCCUCAGCUCAGCGAACCUCUGCUCAGGUGGGGUCUCCCCUGUGAGGGGGGGCUGCCCGUGUCAGGGACGGGGCAGGCACCGGUCCCUGCUUGCAGGCCCUGUCCCUGGGGCGCGAACAGGAUCCGUGCCACCCCGGUGGGCUGUGCCAGGCUGGAUUGGUGCUGCCCACCCCAGCACAGCCCGUCCCCGCCAUGCCGGGGAAACGUCGGCAACCCGUGUCAAAUCUAAUGGUGGGCAAAGGCUACGGGGUGUCCGAGAGCUGCCGGCUGAGGAGCCUCAGUACCUGUCCCCGCUGGGGAUCGA